AUGUCAUUUCAGUGUUUUAAAGGUUGUUUGAAGGAACCUUUUGAUAAAUUCGGUUAUUGUCCAGAUUCAUUUGAUAACAUUCCCGUUUUCGUACAAGCCUGCGUUUUUUUUUGUACCGAUGACAGGGAUUGUCCAUCGACUGAAAAAUGUUGUUUACAUUCCUGCGGUCAAACGUGUAAACCCGCAUUGGGACUUUUUAAUGAAAUUCAUUUACCGUCCGUUCCAUACAAUUUAACGGUCAAAGAAAAAAAAAGGAAGAAUGGCGUUCACUUAUCGUGGGAAUUUGAUUCUUUGAAUAAAAAUCAAACGAUAUUAUUCGUUUUGGAAGAACGACAUCAUUUGGGAAGAUUUUAUAACGAACCACUUUUGGGAGAAUGGAAUCCAAUAUAUAGUUCGAAAAAAAAUUUUGUUAAUUUAAAAAAUGUCAUCAAACCUGGUUAUUGGUAUCAAUUUCGUGUCGCUUCUGUUAACGUAAAUGGUACGAAAGGAUUUUCAACGGAAUCCGAAGGUUUUAAAUUGGCGCGACGUCCUAAAUUACAAAAACCAACAAAAUUAAGAAUAGAACAAGUUAAAGAAAAAAAUGGUACGAUUUGGGGAACCGUUCGAUGGAGUCCAUCAGAAUCAUCGAUUCCAGUUCAAAGAUAUAAAAUAUUUUGGAGUCACAGGCUGGAUGAAAGAGAUACAAAUUUCAAAUCUGAAGCUGUAUUAGUUCAAAAAGAUUUAGUUCCGGAGAAUCAAUUGCAUUAUCAUUUGAAAAGUUUAAAGAAGAAUACAGAAUAUUUUAUUCAAUUACAAGCGUUGGCUUUCUACGGUAGAAACGCAAUCAAAAGUAAAAUGGCAAAAAUGAUUUUUAAAACGUCAAAAUUCGAAGAUCAAUUCGAAAUGAACGAUUUUGAUUAG